ACGUCCACAUGGAGAUAUGGAAGAGGACAGGGGAUCGGCACUGUAACCAUGGUCAGCUGGGGUCACCUCCUCUGCCUGGUUGUGGUCACCAUGGCAACCUUGUCCCUGGCCCGGCCCUCCUUCAAUUUAGUUGACGAUACCACGGUUGAGCCGGAAGAGCCACCAACCAAAUACCAAAUCUCCCAACCAGAAGUUUACGUGGCUGCGCCCCGGGAGUCGCUAGAGUUGCGCUGCCUGUUGCGAGAUGCCGCCAUGAUCAGUUGGACUAAGGAUGGGGUACAUUUGGGGCCCAACAAUAGGACAGUGCUUAUUGGGGAGUAUUUGCAGAUAAAAGGUGCCACGCCUAGAGACUCCGGCCUCUAUGCUUGUACUGCUGCUAGGAACGUAGACAGUGAGACUGUCUACUUCAUGGUCAAUGUUACAGAUGCCAUCUCAUCCGGAGAUGAUGAGGACGACGCAGAUGGCUCGGAGGAUUUUGUCAGUGAGAACAGUAACAGCAAGAGAGCACCGUACUGGACCAACACAGAAAAGAUGGAAAAACGGCUGCACGCGGUCCCAGCAGCCAACACUGUCAAGUUCCGCUGCCCAGCUGGGGGGAAUCCAACACCAACCAUGAGGUGGCUGAAAAACGGGAAGGAAUUUAAGCAGGAACAUCGCAUUGGAGGCUAUAAGGUACGAAACCAGCAUUGGAGCCUUAUUAUGGAAAGUGUGGUCCCGUCUGACAAAGGAAAUUAUACCUGCGUGGUGGAGAACGAUUACGGGUCCAUCAAUCAUACGUACCACCUCGACGUUGUUGAGCGAUCACCACACCGGCCCAUCCUCCAAGCUGGGCUGCCAGCGAACGCCUCCACUGUGGUUGGAGGCGAUGUGGAGUUUGUCUGCAAAGUGUACAGCGAUGCCCAGCCCCAUAUCCAGUGGAUCAAACAUGUGGAAAAGAACGGCAGUAAAUAUGGGCCCGACGGGCUGCCCUAUCUCAAGGUUCUGAAGGCCGCCGGUGUUAAUACCACGGACAAAGAAAUUGAGGUUCUCUAUAUUCGGAAUGUAACUUUUGAGGAUGCUGGGGAAUAUACGUGCUUGGCGGGUAAUUCUAUUGGGAUAUCCUUUCACUCUGCAUGGUUGACAGUUCUGCCAGCUCCUGUAAGAGAAAAGGAGAUCCCAGCUUCCCCAGACUACCUGGAAAUAGCCAUUUACUGCAUAGGGGUGUUCUUCAUCGCCUGCAUGGUGGUGACGGUCAUCUUGUGCCGGAUGAGGAACACGACCAAGAAGCCGGACUUCAGCAGCCAGCCGGCUGUGCACAAGCUGACCAAGCGCAUCCCCCUGCGGAGACAGGUUUCUGCUGAGUCCAGCUCCUCUAUGAACUCCAAUACCCCGUUGGUGAGGAUUACAACUCGCCUCUCUUCAACUGCAGACACCCCCAUGCUGGCAGGGGUCUCCGAGUAUGAGCUGCCAGAAGAUCCCAAAUGGGAGUUUCCAAGAGAUAAGCUGACGCUGGGCAAACCCCUGGGAGAAGGUUGCUUUGGGCAAGUGGUCAUGGCUGAAGCAGUGGGAAUUGACAAGGAGAAGCCCAAGGAAGCAGUCACUGUGGCCGUGAAGAUGUUGAAAGAUGAUGCCACUGAGAAAGACCUUUCUGAUCUGGUGUCCGAGAUGGAGAUGAUGAAGAUGAUUGGGAAACAUAAAAAUAUCAUAAAUCUCCUUGGAGCCUGUACUCAGGAUGGGCCGCUCUAUGUCAUCGUCGAGUACGCCUCAAAAGGCAAUCUUCGGGAAUACCUCCGCGCCCGGAGGCCACCUGGGAUGGAGUAUUCCUAUGACAUCAACCGUGUUCCCGAGGAGCAGAUGGCCUUCAAGGACUUGGUGUCGUGCACCUACCAGCUGGCCCGGGGCAUGGAGUACUUGGCUUCCCAGAAAUGCAUUCAUCGAGAUUUAGCUGCCAGAAAUGUUUUGGUAACAGAAAACAACGUGAUGAAAAUAGCUGACUUUGGACUGGCCAGAGAUAUCAACAAUAUAGACUAUUACAAAAAGACCACAAAUGGCCGACUUCCGGUCAAGUGGAUGGCUCCCGAAGCCCUUUUCGACAGAGUGUACACCCAUCAGAGUGAUGUCUGGUCCUUCGGGGUGUUAAUGUGGGAGAUCUUCACGUUAGGGGGCUCGCCCUACCCAGGGAUUCCCGUGGAGGAACUUUUUAAGCUGCUUAAGGAAGGACAUAGGAUGGACAAGCCAGCAAACUGCACCAACGAACUGUAUAUGAUGAUGAGAGACUGCUGGCAUGCAGUACCCUCACAGAGACCCACCUUCAAGCAGUUGGUAGAAGACUUGGAUCGAAUUCUCACUCUCACAACCAACGAGGAAUACUUGGACCUCAGUCAGCUUCUUGAACAGUAUUCACCUAGUUACCCUGACACCAGGAGUUCUUGCUCUUCGGGAGAUGAUUCUGUUUUCUCUCCGGACCCCAUGCCUUACGAACCCUGCCUUCCUCAGUAUCCACAUAGAAACGGCAGUGUUAAAACAUGA